CAGCUCCUUGUGAGCGGCAUGGUGGGGCUGUGGGCCGUCCGUCUGGGCUACUACCUGGUGAGCCGAGUAGCCAAGACCGGCAAGGACGUGCGGUUCGAUGGAGUCAAGGAACAGCCCGCCAAGUUCUUCGUGUAUUGGACCAUGCAGGCCGUAUGGGUGUUCGUGAGCCUGCUGCCGGUACUGUUUGUGAAUGGCGCCCGCAGCACGGCGCCGCUGGCAGCCUUGGACGCCUUAGGCAUCCUGGUGUACGGCACUGGACUGUGCCUGGAAGCAGUAGCAGAUUACCAGAAGUCUGUCUUCAAGGCGCAGCCCGAGAACAAGGGGCGAUUCAUUGAUGAGGGGCUCUGGUCGUACAGCCGCCACCCGAACUACUUUGGAGAGAUGAUGAUCUGGUGGGGCGUUUUCCUGACGUGCGCCCCAAGCUUUACAUCUACCUGGCAGUACUUGGCCGUGGCCAGUCCCCUGACAGUGAUGCUGCUGCUGCGGUAUGUGAGUGGUGUGCCCCUGUUGGAGAAGAUGGCAGAGCAACGCUGGGGCGACUCAGCCGAGUACCAGGAAUACAAGGCACGGACCAACCUGUUUGUGCCGCUUCCACGACUAUUCAAGGAUACGCACACAAGCUAGCUGACCAGGACAUAGAGGACGAGCGAGGGACGUCUGCAAGGGGCGUCUGCCGGCGACUGAGGGGGUUCCCCAGGCGUAGCUUUAGCAUAUCGCUCUUUAGAUGUCCCUACAAUAAGUGGUGCACAAGCAAACUUGGUACUGGCGCCAGGUACUUCCUGUUGAGGAAACGGAUGAACACAUCGAUGCGUAUCGGAGGUUGUCGUGUCAUGAUAUGUCUUAUUGGCAGGGGUUAUAUUUGGGAAUCCUGUUCUCAUGUCUCGCAUGACCUGGAUUGUUUGUAUCAUGAGCUAUUGUGCUCUACAAAGGAGGGGGACGGAAACCGGCCACACAUGAUGGAGAUUGAUCAUGAGUACCGAGGUAGCAGCGGCAAUCUACCCUAGAAAGGACGGCUGAAAGUAAUGCAAAUCUUAUAGGCCGCAAAGGCUGGACACAUGUACCCCUGCCCAUUCAAAGUUGAUAGAAGUACAAUAGCUGUUUUAAAUUUAAGACCGCAAUGGGUAGUCAUGGACAGCAUACAUCAAAAGGAUGCUAUUCGUGCUUUUAGCAUGAACUACUUGGGGUUUGGAUGAGAUGUAGUUAAAAGGACAAGCACUCGUGUAAUUGCAAUAUUUU